UAUCAGAACACAUCAGCUCUCUGUUGCAACUCUCUUUUUAUGCAAACAAACAAGAGUUUCUUCCCCAACAUCAUCAAAUAUGAAGUUCGGCAAACAAUUUACUGCACAAAUGGUUCCAGAAUGGCAACAAGCUUACAUGGAUUACGAUUUUCUCAAAUCUCUCUUGAAGCAAAUUGACACUUUCAACAAAACCCACGCUAGAAACCACCCUACUAGCCACUCCGGUCAGCUCCGGAGAACCCUCACUCUCUACAGAGCUUUUAGCGGCUUAACGCUCCGCCACAGCCAUAGCCACGGCCACGCUCAUGCCCAUGCCCAUGGCCCGAACAGCCAUCCAACAAGUCCUGCAGGUUCGCCUCAGGAUGCGGUGGAGGAGCAGGCGAUAUUGGUGAAUGCGGUGAACCGGGACGGGACGAAGAAGUAUCGGACGACGUUUUUGAUGGCGGACGAGGAAGGAGGAGAGUAUGAGCUGGUGUAUUUCAGGUCGUUGGAUAGGGAAUUCAAUAAAGUAGACAAGUUUUAUAAGUCGAAAGUGGAGGAAGUGGUGAAGGAGGCGAGUGUGUUGAAUAAACAAAUGAAUGCUUUAAUUGCUUUCAGAAUAAAAGUGGAGAAUCCAGAGGGUGUUUGGGAUUAUUCCGGCAACCGGCGGACGGAGGAGAUUACAAGGCUGGCCACUGAUAUUGCUGCUUCAACUGCUGCUUUGUCAUCUUCCACUCCUUCUGGGGUCAGAGCUAGCAGAAGAGUUCAUAUAGCGAUGGAUUCCAUAGAAGAAGGGUCGAGCCACAAUGAGCAUAGCAGCCAUAAACCAAACAAGGAAUCAUGGAAAGAUGAUAACAAAGAUGAAAAUGGAGAGAAGAAAUCAAAGGGUACUGAAGAUAAUGAAGGGCAGGAAAGAAAAAUGAAGGCCAACAGACCACCUCCAAUUGAAGUUCUUGACCGUGUAACGAUGAACACAACUCUAGAGACCCCAAGAUCCACCAUUAAAGGCCUUCUCAAUUUUCCCAAAAAUUCUGAACUUCAAUUCAACAAAGAAAAUCUCAACAAAAUUGAGAACCAACUCAAGAAGGCUUUUGUUGUGUUUUACCACAAGCUUAGGCUGCUCAAGAGCUUCAGCUUCUUAAAUACUUUGGCAUUUUCAAAGAUAAUGAAGAAAUAUGAUAAGAUUACAUCAAGAGAUGCAGGAAAGUCAUAUAUGAAGAUGGUGGACAGCUCUUAUCUUGGGAGUUCUGAUGAGGUUUCCAAAUUGAUGGAGAGGGUGGAAGCUGCAUUUAUCAAACACUUCUGCAAUGCCAAUCGUACCAAAGGAAUGAACAUCUUGAGACCCAAAGCAAAGAAAGAAAGACAUAGAACUACAUUUUCAGUUGGUUUCUUUGCUGGUUGCACCAUAGCUCUUGUUGUCGCCCUCAUUUUUAUUACACGAGCCCGGCAUAUAAUAGACAAAGAAGGCAGCACCCAGUAUAUGGAAACCAUGUUUCCUCUUUAUAGCUUGUUCGGAUUCGUUGUCUUGCACCUGCUAAUGUAUGCAGCAAACAUAUACUUUUGGAGGCGAUACCAAGUGAAUUAUUCCUUCAUAUUUGGUUUCAAGCAAGGCACUGAAUUGGCAUAUCGAGAGGUUCUCCUUCCCAGUUUUGCUGUGGCAACUCUUGCUUUGGCCUGUGUUCUUUCUAAUCUUGACAUGGAGAUGGACCCUGUAACAAAGUCAUAUCAAGCAGUGACUGAACUUCUCCCUUUAGUUUUGCUCCUUGUUGUGAUUGCAGUCUUCUUAUGUCCACUCAACAUCUUAUAUCGCUCGAGUCGCUUCUUCCUCAUAAGAACUGUGUACCACUGCAUAUGUGCUCCUCUCUACACGGUCAUCUUUCCCGAUUUCUUCUUAGCAGAUCAGUUAACCAGCCAGGUGCAAGCACUUCGUAGCUUGGAAUUCUACAUUUGCUAUUACGGUUGGGGAGAUUACAAACAUCGACGGAAUACUUGUGCAACUAACACCGUAUUCAACACUUUCAGCUUCAUCAUUGCUGUUAUUCCAUAUUGGUCACGUCUCCUUCAGUGUCUCAGGCGACUGUAUGAGGAGAAAGACGCAAUGCAGGGGUAUAAUGGAAUCAAGUACUUCUUGACAAUUGUAGCUGUUUGCUUAAGGACAGCUUAUAAUCUGAACAGGGGAAUAACCUGGAAAGUGCUAGCUGCAAUUUUCUCGGCUGUUGCUGCCAUUAUAUGCACAUAUUGGGACAUCGCCAUCGACUGGGGCCUUCUGCAGCGCCACUCAAAAAACCGAUGGCUGAGAGACAAGCUACUUGUUGGUCACAACAGUGUAUACUAUGUGGCAAUGGUCUUAAAUGUUUUACUGAGGUUUGCUUGGCUGCAAACUGUGUUAGAUUUCCAGUUCUCCUUCCUGCAUACACAAGGUUUGAUUACAAUAGUGGCCAGCCUCGAGAUCAUUCGUCGUGGCAUAUGGAAUUUCUUCAGGUUGGAGAAUGAGCAUCUGAACAAUGUUGGGAAGUAUCGUGCAUUCAAAUCUGUACCACUGCCUUUCAACUAUGAUGAAGAUGAUGACAAAGAUGAUUGAAGUUUUUCGGACAGUAUUCUUUCAACAUAUACAGUUUACUUGUUUCUAAAUGUAAACAAUUUUUUUUUCUUUACCGUAUAUAUUUAAUAACACACCAUUGCAAUAUUAUCAUUGCAAUAUCUUUGACCUUCUGAUGAUUCCUUCAAACCUAAUGGAAUUAGUAUAAAAAAAGGAACAAUCACUGCAAUCCGAUCAUAGUUAUAUCCAAAGGGCACAGAAUGAACAAUUUCCGAGAGAACACUGUGCUGCCCACCUUUAUUUCCGGUACUUCUCACACAGCACAGUGUUCUUUCACAUCUAACGACUUCACGAAUUUCGCGUGUUGUCUAUACUGCUACAAGUAAGACACUCUGGUAGACAGGCCUAUACAUUCUAGCAGGGAGAUGGAAAAGAUCCAACCACAAUUGCAGUAAUCGUACAAAGGAAAGGUUCAGAAACUGGAAAUUGAAAUACAGAGAAACUACUGGCACUCUUCCCUGUAAUAAGCCUGAAGAGUGAUCAGUGUUUACAUUAGUGAAGGUUAUGUUCUCUGAAAUACCAAGUUGAUGCACACAUGAGAAGCCUACAGAGUAAAAUCAACAUGAACAUGGAUGAAUGCUGUAAAGGCAUCACUUUCUAAACUUUGGCAGGAAAGGAAACCGCAUUUUUCAGAACUCUUCUCAAUGUUCUCUUGCUCAGUUUGAUUUGGCUCGUUUAAGGCUUCUUCUUGGUGUCAUUUUUCCAAAUCCUUCGAAGGAGUCUCAAUUCAAGAUAUCUAUCGUUGUUGGACUGUUUUUUUAGAACAUCAUUAAGCUUUGGCUUACAGUUAUUAGCUUUGCCCUUGUUUAGUUAUCUAAUGUUUUUCUUGUAUGCAGUAUUUUUGUUUCUUUUUGUAAUCUCUUUUUGUAUCCUUCAACAUUAAUUUUUUUUCAUAUUCUCAAUGAAAAGUUUUGUAUCCUUUUAAAAAAAACAAUAAAACACAUGCAAGUUUUGUGCUUUGUAGCUGAAAUGACAACCAAGUUUUCAAACGCACACAAACACAUACGUGCAUGCAACAACCAUAUAUUUGCAACUCGGAGUUCAGUAGCUAAAGAACCCUAUCUCACCAUUCAUCUCAAAACAUCCUUACAAGUAGCAUAAGAUGGACCUCAAGAGUAUAGAUAGAACCUAGCUUCAGUGUACAUCUGAAAAGAAAAACUAUUAGAUUGCAAAGCAUCAAAGCAAACUCCUAAUAUGACACCCCUCCGGGUGUUUAAGGGGUGAGUGUAUUGAACUUUUGGAACAAAAACACAGGCUUACUGUGAGCCAUCUUAUUAAUCUCAACCUCCUAUAUCUCAAGAAUUUGUACACCAAAAUUUGGAAAAGAACUAUAAACCUGACCGAUCCAUCUCACUCAAAUGGCUCAUCUUGCCGUAAGUUUGAAAGAAAGUAUACCAGUGUAGAUAACUUUUCUGACCGAUCAGGAAACUUUCCAUCUUGCAACUGUCAAAUGGUCACAUUCAUGCAAUAAAUAGUACUGGUUCCAUACUAAUUACACAUAAUUCUUCUUGAUAUAAUUCACAGUGACAGCCUAAUUGGCAAAAGAUCAAAUUGUGCAACUAAACAUCCAAGAUUCAAAUCACAAAACUCCAGUUACCUUUAAAGGAGGAAAAAGAAGGAACAUGUUCAAGCUCUCCUUGAUCCUUACGUAUGUCAUCUUAAGGGUUCCAAGUAUUUUGCCCUCACUAUUUUGGAAUGAUCAUUAAUUUUUCUUAAGUCAUACGGUUUUGAAGGUAAGGAGGGUACUUUUUCAUGCCAGUUCGACAAUUACAUACAUUAGAAGCCUGUAACCAAAGUCUAAAUCUCAAACCAAUAUGUGGUCAAUAAUUUCCUCGUGCAUUUCAUUCUUAAUUAAAAUACAAAAAGCUUUUGUGAGUAACUAUUAUGGGAAAGGAUCUAUAAAAUCCUGAAAUGGGGGCAUUGUAAGCCCCAAACACAAUUAAAAUUCAUAAGCACAUCAUUUAUCACUAAGACGUAAUAAUAGCUACUAAAAGUCUGAUAAUUCUAUCCCACCAGUGUUCUAAGAGUACUAUGAAGAACGAUCAGAUCGUUCCUAAAACAAAUCAUACACCAUAUUACAACAGCAUUCUAUUUUCUCUUGCCAACAACAUUGAAUCGUUCACUACAAAGGGAGACAACACACCAAUCUGAAAAUGGAAAAUGCUAACAGCCUCAAUCCUUUCACCUAAAUCCUAACGAGGUAGAAGACAUCAAAUAAAUAGAAACCAAAAACAAAACUUAUAACUAAGAUACAGUUAUAAUUCCAAAUCACAAGACAUGGUUAGCUUUCAAAUACACCUCUUUUCAACAGUCUACAAGGCUUAAUUCCCAUGCCAUAAACAGGAAACCAACAAAUCAUUAAAUUAGUUCUCCAAAGUCCAGAUGAAAAGUUAAACCAUGCAAUUUUCAUACAUACAAACCAGAAAGUUUCUAAAAGGAAAAAAAAUCACAUGUUAUAUAGUUCACAAAUUAAGUUCUUAUUAAGAACACAGUUCAUACAUGAAGUGAUAGGAAAUGAUUUUUGCUUAUGUUUCCAACUAUAGCUGAAAGGGGGAAUUCAGAUGGAGUCUUUAUCUAAAUGACAAAGGCAGCAUUAGGGAAUAUGAUUGUGAAAAAUUAUAUUAGGCAACAAUGGCAUAAACAAUUAUUCAGAAGUUUGAAUUAAAUCAAAAAAGGUAAGACCUCUUCUUUCCUAUGAUACUUUGAGAUAAAAUUAUCAGCUUCCGUUGCACUAAGACAAAGAGUUUAAGGAAGAUAUCUUCCACAGCCUGUUAAAAGAUAGACUAGAAACUAAAAUACUCUAAAAAAA